GGAAAGACUAGUUUAACGCUUCUCUGCCCGCCAGCGUCUAUCGGAUGUGUCAGGUGAAAACCGCGCUCACGAACCUGAGCCGCCGCGAGAUCGUCUCCGAACCGUCGGCGCGCGCUCGCUCCGGGAAAACACAGAAGAGCGCCAACUUUACAGCAGGUGGUCCAGCUCUUAGAUGCACGUCUGGGAAAAGUCUGUUGUAUGAGAGAAAAGACAAACGCCGUCUUGAGCGACGCUGUUAUCCAAACUGGACCGACGUCGAGAAUAAAACAAACAAACAAACAGACGGGCGAAUCGCACGGAGAAACCGAAGAGCUCGUGAUGAACUGACGGCUGCCCGUGAAAAUGGGUUGAAGAAAAGAAAACGCCGAUGAAGAGAGGUGUAAGUAGUUUUUCUUUAAAACACGUGGAGCCAUAAUUGUACAUUUUAUUUUGAAUAUAUCAAUCACUGACACUGUAUUGGAGAAGAAGAGGAGCGCGCGCCCAGCGCGUGCAAACGUGCCAUAGACUUUUAGUGUUUCAAUCUCAAAUUGCUCUCCUGCUGCCUGCAUGAAGACAGUUUGCCGUGCUGAGAUGUUGGACAUUACAACAAUAGUUCAGUUUUACGAAAUAUAACUUUUCUCUUAGCGAAGAAAGCUCUUUCUUCGCGUUAUUUUUACAGUAUGUUGACUAUCUCAAGCUGCGCAGAUCUGAGUGGAUUUCAGGGAUUAGAUUUAUACCUUUUUGCCGCUGUUCCCCAUUUUCCACCGUGCUACCUCAGCAUGUGGGAGUUGUGUGUAGCACAGCAAAUCUCAAGAUGACUGGAUUUAAUAAUGACUGGGUUUGAGGAAACAGUGACCCGUAGAUGUAAUUUCUUCUGACUGUAAUGUAGGCAUUUAUUUACAUCACCUAUGGUUUCAUGGCAUCAAAUGGAUCUGGAAAAGCUGUAACCCGGUGCCCAGUACUGACCAUGUAUUUUUUUCUUCAUACAUCAUCUUACUUCGCUGACUUGAAGUACAAUCGCUGCAGCUGAGAGGAUGCAAAUUAUUGACCUCUAAACUGAGAGCUGCGGUUACCGCCCAUACUUUUUUUACACUCGAAGGAUGAACAUUAAGAUGCAGCCGAUGCAUAUGGCGUUGGUGCUUUAAAUGUUCUUUGCUGGUGUUUUUCAGUUGUUGAGACUCAAGUUGCAAUAUAUAGGAUAAAAGACAUUUCUAUCAAGUUUCUACCUUCGGGCUCUUUUGUUUUAUCUCCCCCCCACUGAACUUAUCAGGUGGGGGGGGAGGUGUAAGGUCCGAACCAUGGAGUCGAACCCAGACAGCCCGAGUCGGGCUGUGGAGUAUCUUCUGGAGCUCAAUAACAUCAUCGAGAACCAGGCCAAGCUUCUAGAGACGCAGCGUAAACGAAUCGAGGAGCUCGAAACACAGUUAGACCGGGUCAAUCAGGAGAACCAGGACCUGCGGCAGGACCGGAACCCAGGAACCGAGAACUCGACGCAGAACCACAGCUACAACCAGAGCUCUAAGCCCGGCCAGCCGUCCUCUCUCCCGAACCACAAUGCCGGAGGCGUCCAUCAGAACAGCAGCAGUAAUAUACCCUCGUCCACGGUGCCUGGUCCAGCUCGACGGACACACACCAGACUGACCCGAGGCCUGUCGUGUGGGUCGGCCCCUGUCGAGAAGGAGAGAGGCCGAAUGGAGCGAAACGACAGCUCUGGGACCAACAACACCUCCACUCUACGGAAACAUGAGGAGGAAACCCAGAGUUCAGCUUCACGUCCCUUUUCAGACAGUUCCAGUAAAUCUCCCUACGUACACAGCUCUGACCGUUACGGGGACAACAGCUGUGGCCCCCCAGGCCCUCGGGUGCCUUUUGUGCCCCCUCCAAGCCCAGCCAGCCUCGCCUGGGCACAGCGUACACGCAACCAACCAGCCAGCCUGGCCCUACGCAAGCAAGAGGAAGAAGAAAACAAGAGGUGCAAAGCCCUAUCAGACAGCUAUGAACUCUCUACAGACCUACAAGACAAGAAGGUGGAGAUGCUGGAGAAGAAAUAUGGAGGUUACUUCGUAAGUAGACGAGCAGCACGUACCAUCCAGACAGCGUUCCGUCAAUAUCGUAUGAACAAGAACUUUGAGCGCCUGCGCAGCUCAGCUUCUGAGAGCCGCAUGACACGGCGCAUCAUCCUUUCCAACAUGCGACUGCAGUACUCGUUUGAUGACCGACAUCCUCAACCUCCCACCCCGGCUCACUACAGUCACAGUCCAGGAAUGGGUCCUCCGCAUUCUCCCACGGAGCCAAGCUCCCCAUCACGACCAGAAUACACCCACCUAGAGGACUCCUUCUCAAAACAAGUGAAGUCCUUGGCUGACUCCAUUGAUGACGCCCUAACGUGUCGGCCACGCCGAGAUGAUUCCCAGGAAGGUAUAGGGGACGGAAGUGGUGUUGUUGAUGACUUUGGCGAGUGCAUAUGGAGCAGCAACAGCCACGUAUCCUUACGGAGAGGUCUUGGAGACAGGGAUCGAGGAGGUACAGGGGGCUUGAGCAUGCAUGAAGACAGCACAGCCACCUCCUACAGUGAUGUCACGCUUUACAUGGACGAUGGUCUACCCUCCUCGCCGCUUUCUCUAGACCGGGCCCCUAGCAGCACAGACACUGAGUUCUGGGGGGGUGUUGGAAGCGGGGUAGGUGGUAGGGAAGAUAGCCGUGACACGGAAGGAGGAGGAAGCAGCAAUAGUCGCCGAAGCACACCUUGCACAGAAUGCCGUGAUUAUCGUUUAAGGGGAGGUCACUUACCAUUGCUCACGAUUGAACCACCUAGUGACAGUUCAGUAGACAUGAGUGACCGCUCAGACCGAGGCUCCCUUAGCAGACAACUAGUCUACGAGCAGGACUCAGCAGGAGGGUCACCUCAAGGGACACUAAAGCACAACCCAAAUGCUCGCUCAACAUCCUCAACAGCUGCACAAGGACAAACACGUCCCGCUAGCCGAUCAAUACCGUCACAUAUCCCACACCACAUGGCUCACCAUCAUCACCACCACCACCAUCAUCAUCACCACCAGUACCCCGAUACCCCUUCGUCCUCUUCCUCCCCUCAACAACCCCCAACCACACCGCUCUCAUCCUCCUCUUCAGCACCACUGCCCCCUGGUGGUUUGGAGCAACAGUGCUGCUCAGAUGGUGAUAAUGACUCGUUGAAUUCCACCACAAACUCUAAUGAGACAAUUAAUUGCAGCUCAGGCUCCUCUUCAAGAGAUAGUCUGCGGGAGCCCUUGCCCCCAUUAGGCAAACAGACCUACCAGAGAGAAAGUCGGCACAGCUGGGAUUCUCCUGCCUUUAACAAUGACGUAGUGCAGAGAAGACAAUAUCGCAUCGGACUCAACCUUUUCAACAAGAAACCAGAAAAGGGUAUUCAGUACCUAAUUGAGAAGGGCUUUGUGUCAGACACACCAGUGGGCAUUGCUCGCUUUAUCCUGGAGAGAAAAGGCCUGAGUCGCCAGAUGAUUGGAGAGUUUCUUGGAAACAGGCAGAAACAGUUCAACAAAGAUGUAUUGGAUUGUGUCGUGGAUGAAAUGGACUUUUCGGGAAUGGAUCUCGAUGAUGCCCUGAGGAAAUUUCAAGCACAGAUUAAAGUCCAAGGAGAGGCCCAAAAAGUUGAAAGAUUAAUUGAGGCAUUCAGUCAGAGGUACUGUGUUUGUAAUCCAGCACUGGUAAGACAGUUCCAGAACCCAGACACCAUCUUCAUCCUAGCUUUUGCCAUCAUCCUCCUCAACACAGACAUGUACAGCCCCAAUAUCAAAGCGGAGAGGAAGAUGAAGCUGGACGACUUCAUAAAAAACUUGAGAGGGGUGGAUAAUGGUCAGGACAUCCCACGUGACUUACUGGUUGGAAUCUACCAGCGCAUUCAGAAAUGGGAACUGAGGACCAAUGAUGACCAUGUUUCUCAGGUCCAGGCGGUAGAGAGAGUAAUCGUGGGAAAGAAACCAGUUCUGUCUCUGCCCCACCGCAGACUAGUGUGCUGCUGUCAGCUCUAUGAAGUCCCCGACCCCAACCGUCCUCAAAGGUCUGGAGUUCACCAGAGAGAGGUCUUCCUCUUCAACGAUCUGCUUGUGGUUACAAAGAUCUUCCAGAAGAAGAAAACCUCCGUAACGUACAGCUUCAGACAGUCCUUCCCUCUAGUGGAGAUGCAGGUUCACAUGUUCCAGAACUCCUACUAUCCUCAUGGUGUCAGACUAACGUCAGCUAUCCCCGGCGGUGAGCGUAAAGUUUUGAUUGUGUUCACGGCCCCUAGUCAACAGGACCGUACACGCUUUGUCAGUGAUCUGAGGGAGAGCAUUGCUGAGGUCCAGGAAAUGGAGAAAUACAGAGUGGAGUCUGAGUUGGAGAAGCAGAAAGGAGUAAUGCGGCCCAGCCUGCUCACCAACAGCAUUAUGGCUGGAGGAGUGGGUGGGGUCAAGAAUGAAGUGGUGAAUGGCACUAUGGGAAGGCCUAGUCUGGAUGACAACUAUUCACCAGGAGAGGGCCUCAAACGUACUGCUCUCAGCUCCUCACUGAGGGACCUGUCUGAAUCAGGGAAACGUGGCCGCAGAAACAGCGUUGGUUCCCUUGACAGUACAAUGGAAGUAAGUCUGAGUGAAGCAGAGGGUUCCAUCAUUAGCAGUCCGCGGCCUCACCAGCGUUACCCAGUAGCCACUGUGCUCCCGGGAUGCUAUGGAACAGAAGACUUCCGGCCUCACCGCCCCAUCCUGAGCCCCGGAGUGGGGGUGGGGGGUGGGCCGGGGCAGCAACACACACCUGCGGUGGUGACUGGCGCUGGGCCAGCCUCCAGCAGCACCGAGAGAGGAACGACUGGAAUGGGGACUGGGAGCACCAGCAACAAUACCGGAUCCUUCCUGGGCUCCCUCUUUGGGGGCAAGCGUUCCAAAGCCCCGGGUCCUAUUAUCCCCCCGGGGCCACCCUACCCCGCCCCUGUGGCCCCGCCGACUACAGGAGGGCCGCCGCCUCUGUCCCCGUCCUCGCUGUGCCCGGGAGAAGCCGGGGGCCCUUCCAAGAUCCAGGCCCUGCACGCCCAGUACUGCCACACUACCAGCAACAGUGUCAGUGGGCAGCCUCCGCCCCCGUACUACCACCACCACCGCUUCCAUACGCAGACCGUACCCUCGUCUGGUCAGCAGGGCCUCCAUACUCUUCAGCGGGUCACCUUGCCACGUCGGCCGCACCCCAACCCCUCCGCGCACUCCCCAUACCAGCCGAUCUCCCAGCAUACUUUGCAGGGUCGCUACGGGAGCAUGGGCAACAUGGGCUCCGGCCUCCCUCCCCCCCUUUCUCCUCACUCCCCGCUCUCCCCUCACCCGCAGUUUGCGCUCUUCCACACGCAGCCCUCACACUCGGCCAGAGGGGGCGCCAUCAGCAAGCCGCCCCUCACGCUGUCGCACUCGCAGCCGCACCCGCUCGCACACUCCCAUCCCGCCCACGUGCACACGCCGCACCCAGCCUCCCACCCCGCGCACCAACCUCACUUCGUCUUCGCCAGCCCGCCUCCUCCGCCCUUCCCUGCUCCCACUCAGCCGCCUCCAGUCUCCGCGUCCGCCACUGUCCACCACGCGCCUCCGGCCGCCCAGUAUCUGCCCCAGUAUCCACCGUUGUCCUCCAUCCCCUCCCCACUCCCUUUACCCCCUUCCUCCCCUUAUCCCUCUUACGCCUCUCUCCCCUCUCCCCCCCCAGCACCAAGGCCCCCCUUCACAGGCCGGGGGGCCGCAAGGGCCCUCGUCGGCUCAGACUGGAGCCGUACCUGGGGGGACGGGCACGGUCGAACGCGCCAAAUCCAAACCUACCAACCGGAUCAGCACGGUAGUGUGAGCCGGGGGAAGUCGCGAGGCUGGGGGUCGCUGAGGGGUCCUUUGGUGGUUGGAGGCGGGACCGCCGCGAGGCUGGAGGACGCGGGUGGAGGCAGGGCCAAAAGCGAUAGCAACACCAGCGGGAAAAAGAAACGCAGCCUGCUAAGACUCUGCUACUUUCACCUGCGCUUCCCUCAAGUGUAACCGAAGAAGUGACUCACCGAGGAAAAACAGCACGCGUACGUCAUACCGUUAUAGUUGGAGGCUCUCAGGUAGAUCGUUGCUGUGGGAUAAAUACUCGACGACAAUAACGAAAAACAUUCAGGACAGUUUACUUUCUUUUCGGUUGUUGUAGGUCAUUGAUUUGCCGUUCCAGCCAGACCCCUUCUUAGCCACUUCUCUUUAAAUCCCAUAUUCACACAAGAAAUAAUUGACUAAAGCACAUAAGGGGGUCACAGAUGUGUGGACGUGCACAUCCAGACACAGAGCUGUCCACAUUCUUGCUUCAGCUGCAUAUAGCCAUAAAGUUAGGGUAAAGCGGUUAUUGGAGAAACUGUUCACCCGAGAACCUGUUUAGGAAACGUGAAGACCAGAGACCAUAUGAAUAAUGCUGUGCUGGAUAUGAAGAUCGAAGCACAGUACAAUGAUUUCAUACGUUCCACUAAUCAUAAGUCAAUAGCAUUUGUAAGAUGCAAUAAUCUUUUCACUAAAUUGAUGUCCGGCUUCUACUCGCGAAAUAAUUUUAAAUGCUCUAUUGCUCUUUUUGUACACAUCUAUAACAGCGGUAUAUUUGAGUGUUAACAGAGAUAUAUCUACAAAGCAAAUAUCUUACACCCGGUAUGAGUGUUUGAAGUAUGUCAGUAUUGGCCUGACCUCUUCCACUACUGAGUCUAGUCAGCUGUAAAAAGCCUUGUACUGUAUGUGGACGUGCUGUUUGUAACCAUCCUAGAAACACUGUCCAUCAGAAUUAUUAACCUAUGUAUAUAAAAUUAUAUGAAAUUUUAACACAAAAUUAUAUAUCAGUAAUGUUAUAUGACACUUCUGUCUAUGAACUUGUUCAUACCUACAGUUGCACCAAUACAAAAAGAUACGUAAUUGCGCUGAUUUUGCUGCACAGAUUGUUUAUUAAUGUCAAUUUUAUGUUAAAUUCAAAGCAUUGUGCCUGAAAACAUUUUCUCGUGGCAGCAUUAUUUUAGUUUGCUCCUUUUGGAUGAUGAGCGUUAUCAUCCGUGUCUAAAUUCUUUUUCACGUUUCUAGUAAAGUUCCAGUGAAGUUGUCAAGGCCCCCGAAUGUGAAAACAAGAGGCACUUUAUAAACAAAUGUUUUUUUUUCCGAACUCUAUCAAAUGAAUACAAAACCAUUUUCCAGCUGAAGUAUUUUUAUCUACGAGGGCUAAUGGCACAGUGUGAAGGAAACAUUCCUCAUGAGAUUGCUGCCUCUCUCUUUGUCGUCAGUUUUCACAUCUAAAAUGCCUGUUAUGCAGCGUCCAUUGGGUCCCUGCAUUAAUACUGCCAGUCAUACUUUACAAGGUGUUUUUGAUUAUAUUUUAUGCUGUUAUAUGAAUGUUUGCUAUGAAUUUCAAUUUUAACGAAUAUAACUAUUCUACUUUUAUGUUUUAAAAAUGUUAUAAAUUUGACAAAAUACCAGAGAUGCUUGUAAAUAGAAAAGGUUUUCUCAUGCUUUGACAUUCAACAGUGAAGUGUCAAGGAUGUGUUUUAUUGUUAUCGAUGCUUUUUAUGGACAAACACACUUGUCUUUACAAGUGUCCUUGAAUGUUGGAGACUUUGUUAUGGGUAUUAUUUUUUAUUUCAUUUAACUUUCAUUUUAAACAAGUUGUGUACCAGUCAUGAUGUUUUUGAUUCAGCUUUGUGUGCAGAUGAUUUUUGGUUUGAGCAACCAGACGGCCUGUUUCGACCCGAUAAAAACAUAACUCCGUGCUUCCUCUUUUAUUCCUCUGUAUGAAUAAUUGAGGAGAGGAACGAACCAAUCUAACUGAAUGAUCACAUUAAUACCAGGAGUAAUAUGAGAAAUCAAGGUAAUUUAGCCUUAAGCAAGGCCUUAGUGUAAGUACUGCUUGAAGUUUUUGUUUGUGUGGAUGCAUAAUGUGCUCUCAAGUGCAGUUAUAUAUUUCUGGACUGGGCUUAAUGCAGAUGCUCAGUAUUAUUUGUCUUGAUGUGAUGCUCAGUUAUUGUGUGUAAGCUAUUUAUGCCCUUUUGCUACCCUUUCAAAAUGCAAUCUCUUUAUGUAUGCUAAUUACAAAAUGAUCAGCUCUCCAUCGUACUAAAUAACACAGUAUAAGUGGAAAUGGGGCUCCAGUUACAUGGUUACAUACAUAGCAAGAUGCCAGUGAGAGACGAGAGAGAAUAUAAAGAUUAGAAAUCCAUAACUUAUUAACUGCAUUUAUUUUAUUUGAUUAAUGAUACCCAUAAUCUUUUUCAUUAACUGUCCGUCUUCCCGCUGUGAAUUUUAUUGCAUGAGUAUGUCUGUAUUUACUGAGCUCUGUAACAAACUGUACAUAGACUGUCACAGUAAGAUUUAAUAUUGACAGGAGAAUGGGAAGUGUCAAAAGUGUGUGUAUGAGAGUGUGUGUGUGUGUGUGUGUGUGUGUGUGUGUGUGUGUGUGUGUGUGUGUGUGUGUGUGUGUGUGAGUGGGUAUGCUUGUGCGAAUGUGUAUGUGACAUUCAGUGUAGAUGAUUACUGCAUAUUUAUUUUGAUCCAAGACAAUUUUAUCUGUAAACUUGUACAAGUGUGUAUGUCAAAGCAGAUUGAAGUGUAAUUUUGAAAAAAAAAGGUAUAUGAAGUCAUCUUAUUUGUGUACAGAUAAUAUAUGAAAUUAAGCAAAUUCGGAGAGAUGUGAAUAUUUAUUGCCUAAUAUUAUGAAUAAAAAUAUAUAAAGUGUCCUGACACAA